UCUAUAUCUCUCGAUCCUCGUCCUCGUCCCUCGCACGACACAGGAUAAACUCGGUCCCUCGCCGCGACACUAGUUUCGCACACAACAAUCGAGCCCUCGUCUCUCACUCUCGUUCUCUUCAAAACCCCCGAUUCAUAAUUUCAUAUCUCCUGAGAAUCUCCGCAAUAUUAACUUUUUUUUUUUUUUUUCAAGAAAAAAAUCCAUACCUAUCUCACAGUUUCUCUAUAAAUCCACGCCCAUUUCAAUAUAUCCAUAGUAACCAAUCAAUAAUGACGGACACCGUGUUCUCAAAGCUAUCGGAAGACAUCGUGCUCGGCAUCUUCUUCAAGCUUGAUGACGACCCGCGCAUAUGGGCCCGCCUCGCCUGCGUCUGCACCAAAUUCUCGUCUCUGAUCCGCACCGUUUGCUGGCGGCACAAGUGCUCCACCGCCAUCCCCUCCGUUGUCUCCGAUCUCCUCUCCUCCUCCGUCGCCAGCUCCUCCUGCCCUCCCGGCGGCUGGGCCGCGCUUCAUAAGAUCGCCGUCUGCUGCCCGGGCCUCUUCCACGCCGGCGUGCUCCUCGAGAACUCGUAUUUCGGCCUCGAACGAGAACUCGGUCGGAACGAGAACCGAAGCACGUAUCCCAUUGCACGAUCAAAUAUCCCAACAUCCUCCACUGCCCCUUGUCCUAGCCAUCAUAUAGAUAAGGCUAAUCCAACAGCUGCUUGUUCCUGGUCACUCUUUGACGACCUGUGUUAUGAUACUGUUUACAACGUUUCGGAUUCCCAAGAUGUUUCCCACGCUGUUGGUGGUGAAGUUGUUACGGUGGGAGGAGAGUUCACGGCGUCGAAGAGGAGGAAGAUUUAUCGGUCUAUGCGCUCGCAUUUGGCUUCUGGAGUUUGGAAUUUGAGCCGCGAGCAAGGGAGCAAGCUCCUCGCUAGACAGUUCCGGGAUGAUUGUCUUUACGUUUGUGGUUGGCCGGGGUGUGUUCACUUCGAGGAGAAGCGGAAUUAUAUGCUUUUCAGAGGAAUUUUCAAAAACUUCAAGAGGUCACGGGUGUGGAGAACCAUAAGCGAUGGGAAUAGGAGCAAGGUCGGUCUGAAUUGCGCGUUCUGUCCCUGCAAAGAGACUUGGGGUCUGCACUCCGCGUAUUGUUUGAGACGAACUUUCGGGUACUACGACGAUGGUGAGCCGGUUGUUCGAGCUUAUGUCUGUGAGAAUGGGCAUGUCUCUGGAGCGUGGACGGAUUGGCCAUUAUACACCUAGUGCUGUCAAACAUUUAUUUCUAUGUUGUGGGUAUCUUUGUUGUGGUUUAUUGGUUAUAUCAUUUCUCAUUCGCAUAUCUAAUGAUUGAAGAAUUUGUGGAACUAAGGGAUCCCCGUUGUGUUUUAAUGAAUAUGAAGGUUUUUACGUA